UGUUAGCAACCCUAAAAAAGAACUAUCGCUCCGCCGCGCCGGCUAGCGGAGGGGCCGAAUGGCAGAAGUUCCAAGUCAGAAGUUAGGUGAUAGAUUCUUCCCCGGAGUCGUUCUUUUAUCUCUGUAGAAAGAAUCAUGGAAGAAAUUCCGGAGACCCCCAGACUUCAAGCCGUGCUCGUGAAGCCAGAGUUCGACUCCAUGGAAGGAAGCUCCAAGACGACAACGCAUUCCAAGGUCGUUGUUCUGGCUGACCUCAACGCCUGUCCUCCCGAGGCCGACGCCUUCGAUUCCGUCGAUGUCGCUGCCCUAGAUAUCACCAGAUUGGUCAAUGACGAUAGUCAGGAGAGAGGAAGCUUAACGAGCAAAGAAAUGGAUGGCAUAGAAGGUGAAGCUAAAAAAUUGAACAAGCAAGUGAAGUGCCGGUCGAGAAGUGGCAAGGCAGAAGGGGCGUUUGAGUAUGGAGCUGAUGCAGAUGCGGAUCAACAUGGUCAAAGCUCAGUCUCCUCUCGUGAAGAAAAAGUCAGCAGCCUGAAAACGGGUUUGGUCCAUGUUGCAAGGAAGAUGCCGAAAAACGCUCAUGCUCACUUCAUACUUGGUCUAAUGUACCAAAGGCUUGGACUGCCUCAGAAGGCAGUUUCAGCUUAUGAAAAGGCAGAAGAGAUUUUGCUGCGGUGCGAGGUUGAGGUUGCCAGACUUGAGUUGCUUACGUUGGUUCAAGUUCACCAUGCACAGUGCAUUCUCCUUGAGAAUUCUGCUGACAAUAGUAUGGAUAAAGAACUUGGUGCUGAUGAAAUCGGUGAAGUUCUUUCCAAACUGAAUGAAUCAAUGCAUAAAGAUAUCAGACAAGCGGCUAUUUGGAACACACUGGGUUUGAUACUUCUUAAAUCUGGUCGUCUUCAGAAUGCAGUUUCAGUUUUCUCAGCUUUGUUGGCUGCUGACCCUAACAAUAUUGACUGCCUUGCAAAUUUGGGGAUUGCUUGCCUCCAAAGUGGAGACUUGGAGUUGUCUGCUAAAUGCUUUCAAGAUUUGAUUCUCAAAGAUCAAAAUCAUCCUGCUGCUUUCAUCAACUACGCAGCCAUUCUGCUAUGUAAAUAUGGGUCAGUUGUAGCAGGUGCUGGAUCACGUGCUGGUGAAGGAGCUUCUGUUGAUCAGUUUGAUGCUGCUAAUGUUGCGAAAGAAUGUUUGUUGGCUUCAUUGAAACUGGAUCCUAAGGCUGCUCAUGUAUGGGCUAAUCUUGCUAAUGCCUAUUACAUGACUGGUGACCACAAGAGCUCUAGCAAGUGCUUGGAGAAGGCAGCAAAACUUGAGCCUAAUUGUAUGUCCACUCGAUAUGCUGCGGCGGUCCACCGAGUCAAGGAUGCAGAAAGGUCUCAAGAUCCUAGUGAACAACUCUCUUGGGCUGGAAAUGAAAUGGCUUCGGUGCUGAGAGAAGGGGAUUCAGUUUCAAUUGAGCUGCCAAUUGCUUGGGCAGGACUUGCUAUGGUUCAUAAAGCCCAACAUGAGAUUACAUCAUCAUUUCAGACCGAGCAUCAUGAGUUGGUGGAAGUGGAAGAGCGUGCUUUCUACAGCUUAAAACAGGCAAUAGGGGAGGAUCCAGAAGAUGGCACCCACUGGCACCAGCUCGGGCUACACUGUCUAUGCUCACGCGAGUUUGAAACUGCACAAAAGUAUCUGAAAGUCGCCGUCGCUCGUCUCAGAGAACACAGCUAUGCAUGGUCAAAUCUCGGCAUCUCCCUCCAACUGUCUGGCUCACACUUGUCAGAAGCCGAGGACAUCUACAAACGAGCUCUGUCGCUGGCAAAACCGGAGGAUGCACACGCUAUAUUCUCCAACCUAGGGAAUCUCUACCGGCAGCAAAAGCAGUACGAACGUGCCAAGGCAAUGCUCACCAAGGCUCUCGAUCUUCAGCCAGGGUAUGCUCCCGCGUUCAACAAUCUCGGCCUCGUGUUUGUCGCCGAAGGCAGGUGGGAGGAGGCUAAGUUCUGCUUCGACAAAGCUCUUCAGGCAGACCCGUUGCUGGAUGCAGCCAAAUCCAACUUCAUUAAGGCGAGCGGCAUGCCCAAAAUCCUUGCGGGGUUGUCGUCCUGCCACCUCCACCCCUCGAAACAAGCUUGAGGUAUGUAAUGUAUGUAUGUAUGUAUGUACGGCUUUCCCGUCUUUGGAAUUUCGAGUUAGGGGGUUGUGCGAUGAUAUCGUCCAGGGAUUACAAAUGCAGUUUGUAGAAUACAUAUCCUGCAAUUGCACGCAUCGUCUUGUGUUUACUUGCAGCCAUGUAAAUCUUAUUAGUAUAGAGAAUAGAGAGCGCGUCGGUGUUGUUAUUGUGUUUGAGGAGCAGUUGACAACUUGACAUAUCCCUUCUUCUUGUGUUGCGGGGUUCCUUUUUAACCUUUUGCCUAUUCACGUUUCCUUCCGGGUUCCAGCUUGCGCCCUCUUUUCAUUUAUUACUAUUUUUUUUUUUAAAGAA